UCAAACAGGAAGAUUAUGUUUUGACCGCCCGCGCUGGCGCCCUGCCUUGAAUUUCAGCUUUGCGAUUUCUCCAUUGAUUUUAAGGAGCAAAUAUUUCCAAAAGGGGCGUGGCUCCCCCCGCCCGGCCUCAUUUUUUUCUCUGGAAAUUACAGGAGCACCAGCUCCAAAAAGGAACAAUUCCUCGCCCCAUCACCCGGCUCUACAAAAUAUAAUCUUGUAAUGUAAUAGCCCCGCUUUCGUUGCCGUCGCGAUGACGUCGCGCGUCGAGCGCUGGCGUUGCUAGGGUGACGUCAGUGUUCGCGGCGACGCCUGAACGCCACGGCGGAGGAGGAGGGAGGGGUGUCCUGCUCCAGCUCCAGCCGGUAAGUCUGGUGGCGAAAGGGCUGGGGGCGGCGGGGGGAGUUUCCUCGAUCCCCCCCCACCCCACGCGCUCGCUCAUAAGGCCGUGCGCAGGCGGCAAGCAGCCAUGGCCGUUAACCUCGGUUCGCCGUUGCCUUUCGGGCAACCCCGCGGCCCUGAGCAUUUCUUAGCCACUCGGGGCGAGGUGUAGCAUAAACAUUUCUUGUACAACAUGAGCAACAGUCAUCCACUCCGACCUUACACAGCAGUAGGUGAAAUAGACCACGUUCACAUUCUGUCCGAUCAUGUUGGUGUUCUGAUGAAUGGGGAGGAAUACAGUGACGUUACCUUUAUUGUGGAAAAGAAACGUUUUCCUGCACACCGAGUGAUUUUGGCUGCGAGGUGUCAGUAUUUCAGAGCGUUGUUAUAUGGUGGAAUGCGUGAAUCUCAGCCUGAAGCAGAAAUCCCUCUCCAUGAUACCACCGCAGAAGCCUUUACAAUGUUAUUGAAAUAUAUUUAUACAGGUCGUGCCACAUUAAGAGAUGAGAAAGAAGAAGUCUUAUUAGAUUUUUUGAGUUUAGCACAUAAAUAUGGGUUUCCAGAACUGGAGGAUUCCACCUCUGAAUACCUUUGCACCAUUCUUAACAUUCAAAAUGUUUGCAUGACCUAUGACGUUGCUAAUCUCUACUCACUACCUAAAUUGACAUGUAUGUGCUUCAUAUUUAUGGACAGAAAUGCUCAAGAGGUACUCUCCAGUGAAGGCUUUCUGUCUCUUUCUAAGCCAGCACUUCUCAGUAUUGUACUGAGGGAUUCAUUUGCAGCUCCUGAGAAGGACAUUUUUCAAGCAUUGAUGAACUGGUGUAAACACAAUCCUAAGGAAAGUCAUGCUGAAAUCAUGAAGGCAGUGCGCUUGCCAUUGAUGAGUUUGACAGAGCUCUUAAAUGUUGUAAGACCUUCGGGAUUGCUAUCUCCUGAUGCUAUUUUGGAUGCCAUUAAAGUUCGAUCUGAAAGUCGGGACAUGGACCUCAACUAUAGGGGCAUGUUAAUUCCAGGUGAGAACAUUGCUACUAUGAAAUAUGGAGCCCAAGUGGUUAAAGGGGAAUUGAAAUCAGCUUUAUUAGAUGGAGACACACAGAACUAUGAUCUAGACCAUGGAUUUUCCCGGCAUCCUAUCGAUGAUGACUGCCGUUCUGGUAUUGAAAUUAAAUUGGGUCAGCCAUCAAUAAUCAAUCACAUACGAAUACUAUUAUGGGAUCGAGAUAGCAGGUCGUACUCCUAUUAUAUUGAGGUAUCCAUGGAUGAACUAGACUGGGUUCGUGUAAUCGAUCAUUCAAAAUAUCUAUGUCGAUCUUGGCAGAAACUCUAUUUUCCUGCCCGUGUCUGCAGGUAUAUCAGAAUAGUUGGAACACACAACACAGUAAACAAAGUUUUCCAUAUUGUGGCUUUUGAAUGCAUGUUCACCAAUAAAACCUUCACUCUUGACAGAGGACUAAUAGUUCCCACUGAGAAUGUUGCAACAGUUGCAGAUUGUGCCAGCGUGAUUGAGGGCGUGAGCCGUAGCCGCAAUGCUUUGUUGAAUGGAGACACAAAGAAUUAUGACUGGGAUUCCGGGUAUACAUGCCAUCAGCUAGGCAGUGGUGCUAUUGUUGUACAGCUGGCGCAGCCAUACAUGAUUGGAUCAAUUCAAUUACUCCUCUGGGAUUGUGAUGAUAGGAGCUACAGCUAUUACAUUGAAGUAUCUACAAAUCAGCAGCAGUGGACCAUGGUGGCUGACCGAACAAAAGUUUCUUGCAAAUCCUGGCAACUUGUAAGUUUUGAUAGACAACCAGCAUCUUUUAUCAGAAUUGUUGGCACUCACAACACAGCUAAUGAGGUAUUCCAUUGUGUACUUGAAUGCCCAUCCAAAACCACUCUACAGAAGGAAGAGACUAAUGAAGAAGACGCUGGCCCAGGUGGACAGCACCUGGCAACCGGCUCACCUCAAGCUUCAAGCACCAGUUCUGUGCAUUCUCUCCCAGGAUCUGUUUCAUAUCCAUAAUUGCAGCAGAUUUUUAUGAGAAUGGAGAAGAACAUUUUAAAUCUCAGUGCCACAAAAACAGUUUUCACUUUUAACCUUCAAGCACCUCUUCACUUUCUGAAUGAACUUUUCAAGGGGAUCAUAGCAUCAAGCAGCUAAAGGUGCUUCGAUUUAUAAGGCUGCCUGGCAACAAAACUGGGCCACCACAUUGCACUUUCCAUUGAUUAAAAUCAGAAGUAUGGGGGAAGAAAAUAAUCUUUCUCAUCAAGUUUCCUAUUUGUACCCUACCUCUUUAAACCAAACCAAAUCAGAUAGAGCAGAAAGAAGGCCAAAACCACAUCAUUUUGUUAUAUAAAUAGGUUGUGUGACAUAUC